UUUAAACUUCGCAUUUCAUUCGCCUAUCAUUCACUGUGUGCCCGCGUAAACAUAAUGAAGUCCAGGUCGAAGUCGAGGUUUGCGUGCGUCUUGUGCGUAUUGCUCCUGUGCGCCGUGGCGCUCAUCUGCCUGUGCGCGCUGCUGCUCGCGCGGACGCAUCGGUGUUGCAAGGAUGACUUCACGCACGCUGCUGUGGCCGCCGACUCUGAGAAGUGUUCCAACGUUGGCAAGGAUAUUCUGUUACAAGGUGGCUCGGCAGUAGACGCUGCUAUUUCUGCGCUGCUAUGUACAUCGCUAGUUAAUCCUCAGAGCAUGGGAAUCGGAGGAGGCUCCAUCUUCACCAUCAUGAACAAAGAAGGUGAGGUGACCGUGAUCAACUCAAGAGAAACGGUCCCUAAAAAUUUCCCACCAAACCUGCUGGCCAAAUGUCCCACUACCAUGACGUUAGCUCAAGGUAUAGGUGCCGAGUGGAUUGGUGUUCCAGGUGAACUGCGUGGUUAUGCUGCUGCUCACUCCAAGUUCGGUAAACUGCCGUGGGAACAACUGUUUGAACCCGUCAUCAAAAUGGCUAGAGAAGGCUUUCCUGUUCCACCGUACCUCGCCACUCUUCUCAAUAAUGAACUUAUCAUUAAACUGGUGCAGAGCACAUCACUUUGCCAUCUAUUUUGCCAUAAGAAUAAAACGGUUUUCCGUGAAGGAGACCUGCUACGAUACCCAAAACUUGCUGAGACUCUGGAAAUAGUUGCAAAAGAGGGGAUUGAUGCUUUUUAUAAAGGCAAAAUUGCACAAGACUUAGUCGACGAUGUGAAGGAAAAAGGUGGAUCAUUGUCAUUAGAGGAUCUAAAAUCUUAUCAGGUGAUAGCCAAUGAAUCAUGGUCAAUUCCUUUGGGUGAUUUUACAAUGCACUUCCCUCCUCCCCCAUCAGGAGGCGCUCUACUGAGCUUCAUCCUCAAAGUCAUGCAGGGCUUUGGACUUUCUCCAUCGUCUGUGAAGGGUGAGGAGAAGAAACUAACCCUUCACAGGUACAUAGAAACGCUAAAGUUUGCAAACGGACAGAGGAAGUAUAUUAGAGACCCGCUGCACAGAAAAGACAGCAGGCAACAUCUGAUGGAUUCAGACUUUGUCAAUCGCAUCAGGUCGAUGAUCACCAGCAGUGGUAAACACCCGGCGUCUUACUACAACGUCACCCCCACCACCGACAGAUUUGGGACAACGCAUGUUUCUGUUCUAGCGAGUGACGGCUCAGCCGUUUCUGUCACCAGCACCAUCAAUCACUUUUUUGGAUCAUGUUUCUAUUCUGCUAAAACCGGGAUCAUACUGAACAACGAGCUGGUGGAUUUCUGCGGAAGAGCCGAUUCUGUCUCUGCAGGUGAACAGCCUCCAUCCUCCAUGUCACCUCUUAUUAUCCACUCAAAGCACCGAGAGAAAGUUCUAGUUAUCGGAGGAUCUGGAGGAGGUCAGAUUAUCACAGCCAUAGCCACGGCAGUAAUGAACAAGCUGUGGUUUGGGAUGAACCUGCAAGACGCAAUCAAAGACAAAGUGAUUUUUGUCAGCUCGGAUAAUUCAGUGAAGUUAGAGCCGGGCUUUAAUGAGUCGAUGAAAGAUGCCUUGAAGACAUUCGGACAUGACGUAAAAUAUAACAUGUUGGCUCUAAAUGUUGUGAACGGCAUAAUGAAAGAGCACAACUGCAUCACCGCUGUCUCCGACGAGAGGAAAAAAGGAAAAUCAUCAGGUUACUGAUCAUACUGGAGCGGAUUUUUAUCUCGCAGCUAACCGUACAACGGUUUAAUUUGACUGUAUAGAGGAUCUAACUAUACAUAUAUACCUUGUCUGUUUUAUACCAUGUAAAUCUAGUUCUUACUCCAUAGAGUGGACCAUUUCAUAUAAAGUAGCACAAUUAUCCAGGGAACUGAGUUUACUGUAAAAUAACAUGCCAAGGACUUGUUACAUGAACCGAUAUUGUUUUAAUCAGUUGAUCUGUAGUUGUAAUGUGACUAUCUGAACCUAAACGAUUGAGCCUCAAGUGAAUAAUGUGACAUUAUCGACUAUUUUUCAUGUAGCUUUAUCGUGCUUUGUACGAUCUUUUAAUACUGUUUUGUACUGAUUUUUUUUAAUUCGUUACCAAAAAAAAGAGGUAUAGACGUUUCUUUUGGUAUCUAGCAUGUUCAUUUAGCCUUAUUUUUUUUUGUUUAUAUUAGCAAUAUAGUUUUAUUAUUUUAUAUUAUUGUCCCUUGGAGUACAUUAGUGCUACUUUAGUCUUAAAAUAGAAAUGACAAUCAAACUGGACCAUUAAAUGAAAGCUAAGAUAUCAGGAAACAAAUCCACUGAUUCUAAAAUUAAAAUGGAUUACAAAUAUUAUAGACUAUUAUGAUAUUUUUAAUGUGACCUUCAAUGUGUAGAUCCUGGUUAUAUCUGGUAUUGCUGAAAUGGUUUGAAUGUGUGUGUUGUGGAACAUGUGUGUGUUUUUUAUGUGUAAUAAAAUGAUCAGUUUUUGGAA